AUGAGAAGAUUAAAUAUUGACAUUAUUGGAAUAAGUGAAGUAAGAUGGCCAGAUCCUGAUGAUUUUUGGAGUGAGGAGUAUAGAUUAAUUUAUACAGAUUCGAACAAUGGAUAUAUUGGUGUUGGCACCAUCAUGAAUAAACAGUGUAGGGAAAAUGUGAUCAGUUACUAUCAAUGUUCAGAUAGGAUCAUCAUAGUUAAAAUUAAUUCUAAACUUGCUAUUAAAAUGAUUAUCCAAAUAUACAUGACAAUAUCAUCACUUAAUGACGAAGAAGUUGAAGAAACAUAUGAUAAAAAAGAUGAAAUAAUGGUGAUGAAUAAGGCAGGAGAGAAUGUUAUAAUCCUUGGUGACUGGAAUACAACAGUAGGCAAAGGAAAAGAAGAUAACAUAACGGGUAGUUAUGGCUUGGGAAACAGAAAUGAGAGAGGGGAACGACUAAUACAGUUUUGUACACAGCAAAAAUUGAUAAUUGCAAACAUUUUUUUCCAAUACCAUAAAAGAAGAAUAUAUACCUAG